AUUUCCAACACAAGAUCACUGUGCAGGCCUCUCCCUCUCAUGAUCGACGCAAGAGUUUAAUGAGCAGCCUCUCCAGCCCUCCCACCAGUCCCCAGGCCCUGUUACUACCACGCCUCCGAGCCAUCCAACGUAAGCACUAUAUUCUAUUUACAUUACAUUUGACCUUUUUUAUUUUAUUUUAGCAGACGGUCUUAUCCAGUGUGACUUACAAUCAGCUGAUAUAUCCUCCCAGGUUUGGGUUGGACCAUUGACCAUAAUUACAGUUCAGCACAUGUUCUGUAUUAUUUGGAAACGUUAUGUAUUUUUAGUUAAUGUUUAUUUGCCAUGUGUAAUGAAAACAUCUUACUAACCAGAGUUCCCAUGACAAAAACACAUUCCAUGUUUUUGUUUUUGUAAAUGUGAACUUCUUGUUCCAUGUUUUAGUUUUUGUAAAUGUGAACUUCUUGUUCCAUGUUUUUCCAGUGACUCCAGGAGGAGAGGGGUGUAAAGGUAAAGGCUGGGGCCGGCUGGAUGAAGAGGAAGAGAGGAGAGGUUCCAGGAAGAAGGUCCGUAUCAGGGGCUCACACAGAGAACACAGUGAUGAUGAGAGGUGAGAGGAGGGAGGAGAGGAGGGGUGAGGAGGGGUGAGGGUGGGGGGGGGGCAGAGAGCAGGGGUCAGGGUGAGGGAGGGUGGGGGGAGCAGGGGUCAGGGUGAGGGAGGGUGGGGGGGGGCAGGGAGCAGGAGUCAGGGUGAGGGAGGGUGGGGGGAGCAGGGGUCAGGGUGAGGGAGGGGGAGCAGGAGUCAGGGUGGGGGGGGCAGGGAGCAGGAGUCAGGGUGAGGGAGGGGUGGGGGGAGCAGGGGUCAGGGUGAGGGGAGGGGGAGCAGGAGUCAGGGUGGGGGGGGCAGGGAGCAGGGGUCAGGGUGAGGGAGGGUGGGGGAGCAGGGGUCAGGGGUGAGGGAGGGUGGGGGGGGCAGGAGCAGGGUGAGGGGAGGGUGGGGGGGGCAGGGACAGGGAGCAGGGCGAGGGAGGGUGGGUGGGGGGGGCAGGGAGCAGGGGUCAGGGUGAGGGAGGGGGAGCAGGGUCAGUGGUGAGGGAGGGUGGGGGGGGCAGGGAGCAGGGUCAGGGGAGGGGGGGAGCAGGGUCGGGUGAGGGAGGGGGGGGCAGGGAGCAGGGGUAAGGGGGGGGGCAGGGAGGGGGGGGUGGGGGGGGGCAGGGUCAGGGUGAGGGAGGGGGGAGGAGGUCAGGGUGAGGGGGGUGGGGGGGAGCAGGGAUGUCAGGGGGAGGGUGGGUGGGGGUGGCAGGGAGCAGGGUGAGGGAGGGUGGGGGGUGGGCAGGGGCAGGGACGGGGAGGGAGGGGGGUGGGGGGGGCGGGGAGAAGGGGUAGGGGCAGGGAGGGAGGGAGGGUGGGGGGGGGCGGGGUGAGGGAGGGUGAGGGAGGGAGGGGGGUGGGGGGUGGGUGGGGGGAGGGGCCAGGGGGAGGGGGUGGGGGUGGAGGACAGACCUGUGUGGUGUCGUGCAUGCGAGGCAGGGUACAACGAGCUGAGUAGGGGACGAAAGGGGUCAGUAAGAUGCAGUAGGUGGGGUCUAUGUGCUGUCUUGCAUGACAACGACCAGGCUACAACAGACCUUACUAAAACCAAAGUGGAUAGUUAACAUGCCACUAUUUAUGUGUCUAUUUAGUGAUUCUCUAUAGCUCUUUAUCUCCUGUCCUUACCAGCAUCAAGGUCCCUCAGGAGGGGAACAGACAGAGGUCCUGCAGCGCCCCAAAUCUCCGCAGGUCACCCAGACACAGCCCUGCCGUACCAGGGGUACCCAGCCUCACUGAGAUGGGUAAGGACUGAAAUAACAUUAUCAGAGAUGGGUAAGGACUGAAAUAACAUUAUCAGAGAUGGGUAAGGACUGAAAUAACAUUAUCAGAGAUGGGUAAGGACUGAAAUAACAUUAUCAGAGAUGGGUAAGGACUGAAAUAACAUUAUCAGAGAUGGGUAAGGACUGAAAUAACAUUAUCAGAGAUGGGUAAGGACUGAAAUAACAUUAUCAGAGAUGGGUAAGGACCUUAUCAACAAAGUGUAUGCCAAUCAAUAGCCACAAUAAUGUAAUGUAGUGAAACCCUCUCCUCCCAGUAGAGAAUGAAGACGGCUGCUACACCACUGAGCCAGAGAGACGGGCCGACGCAUCCCCCAGCCAAUCCUACCUCUGCAUCCCCUUCCACAGGGAGGGGCCUGUUGCCGAUGGUAGUAACGCAGGAGGAGGCGGGGAGUACUGCCCUAGUUACCAUAGCACCCCGGCCCCGGACACACCCCCCAGUAGGAAGAGUCCUGGUGGGCGGGGGAGGUCAGAGCUGGUGCUACUGGGGUGUGGGGCUUUGCUGGCUGCAGUGGGACUGGGCUUCAAUAUGACGACCCUGGCCCAGCCUGGGACUGGUUCUGGUUCUGGGGCUGGGACUGAGGGGGCUGGGGAGAGCAGCAAGCCACCUCGCUGGGAGGGCUUCUUCCACCGUACAGGGACAGGGGCCCAGAGACGGAGCACCAGUCCCCCCACACGCAAGCUCUUCAGGCGGGGAGGGGACAAGGAGAGCCCCCUGAAGCACUCGGUGGCGCCGGUGACGGAGCGGGUUGGAGGCGGACUGUUUCCGUCCUCUCUCACACUGCUGUCGCUGUCGUCUGUGUCGGACUGUAAUUCUAUGCGGUCUCUGUUACGAUCUGAUAGUGAGGAACUGUUGGUCUACCGCCCUGCCUCUCCCCGGGCCCCUGUUCAGCCUGUUCAGCCUCAGCUCCAGCCCCAAACCCUUGUUCACCCCGAGCCCCAGCCCCAGCAUGCCCCACUCAACCCCUUGGUCAACACACACCUGGAGAGCUUCAAGCGUCACCCUCGGCAGUCCCUGACCCCGACUCAUCUCCCCUCUGCUCCAUCAUCCUCACGCUGUCUACAUCGGACCCCCUCCGACGGAGCCAUCAAGACACGCUGCCCUCCAAACUAUAUCCACCCUUUUCCUUUACCCGUCAGAGCAACUCUGGAGACCACAGGUAGCUUUACUGUUCUCCUACAGACAUAUUUUUUUUGUUGAUCUGAGAAAUGUUUAUUCUGCUCUAGCUAUAUGACCUGAUCAUUCUUAAUAUCCCUAGAUGUUCUACAACUGUUUUUCUUUCUCUAUUCCCCAAACAGCUGGAGGUCUCAGGGGUCUAAGUGACCACGUAUCCCAGGUUCCCCGGUUGCCAGAUCCAAAUCUGGUGUUUCCCCCCACACCCCGCCGCCGCUGCCCUCCUGAACGACCUAAAACCCUGGACUUCCUGGUUAGACCACGCCCCUCGCCACGGGUGCGCUGCGACGUCUUCUCGGGCCAAUCACCUGGGCGGGGCAGAGGAGGGGGGCAGGGACAGGGGAAUGGAGAGUCCCCAGCCCACACCACCAGCACAGACACCCCUCCCACGGUGGAGUUUGGCAGGGACAUGACCGCGCUACCUACCCCCUUGGAGCUCCCGACACCAUCCCCAAGGAGGGGACACAGUCUGGAGGCCCCGACGCCCUCACCAAGGAGGGGACACCCAAUGCUAACCCAUCACAUGGAGGUACUAGCCACCCCCAUGGAGCCCCCUACACCCUGCUCAACCUCCCCACGGCGGAGGGGGGACAGUCUGCUGGACCAACACGACGAGGAACAGUGUCUGGACCCAACCCUCCCACUCUGCAAGCCCGAGUCCCAGUUCCCCAAAUGCUCCCCGUACCGCUACCGGCCUGGGUUCUGGUCC